CAAAAAGCUAAGACCUUUAUUCCUCUUCUUCUUCACCAAUCUCCAUUUUUUCAUCAGCAAUUAGUGUUUUGUAAAAGAUGGGUAUAUAGAUAACUACAGUCUUACCCAUCUUCUUCUUCUUCAUCAGUUCAGUUUGCACAAUGUUGUGUAGAAAGAGUUCAAUCAAGGCAAAAAGUGGUUCAGUUCCUGUACAUCUCAACGUUUAUGAUCUCACACCCAUUAAUGGCUACGCAUACUGGUUAGGUCUCGGCGUUUAUCAUUCCGGUGUUGAAGUUCAUGGAGUAGAGUAUGCGUUUGGAGCACAUGAUUAUCCGACGACCGGAAUAUUUGAAGGGGAACCCAGACAAUGCGAUGGGUUCACUUUCAGGAAAGCGAUUCUAAUCGGAUGGACCGAGAUGGGACCGACCGAGGUCAGGAGAGUCAUGGAGGGUUUUGCUGAUGUUUACAAAGGAAAUGCUUACAAUUUGAUUACUAAGAAUUGUAAUCAUUUCUGUAAUGAUGCUUGUCUCCGGUUAACCGGAAACCCAAUUCCGAGUUGGGUUAAUCGACUCGCCAGAAUCGGCUUUAUUUGUCACUGCAUUGUGCCGGUGAGUCUAAACACGAACAAAGUUCGACACCAUAGAAUCGAGGACAAGGUUUGCGAGCCAGAGAAGAAGAAACUCAGUAGCAACUCAAACAGAUUCACUCCCUCGACCACUUCUUCUUCCUCGUCAUCUUCUUCAUCUCCUCGGACCAAAAAGAAUAGGAGCAGACGUUGCGGUGGUGUUGGUCCUCAUUCAUCGCCUUUGGUUCCUGAUCCUCCAAUGUCGUAGAAAUCAAUCCCAUCCCGGAUCAUUUUUUUUCUUGUUUUUUUUGUUUAUUAUUGGAAUUUCAUAUUGAAUUCAUUUCUUUAUCUUUAUGUCUUAUAAUAUGAUACUUUUAAGGGUUCAAAUCUUGUCAUUAUAAAAAAAAGUCAUUUUUUUUUCUUGCAAUCUUGUAAUGAUCCAUUUUGCCAA